GCUGGAGACCGGAGUGAGGCGCGGCGACAGUGGUGGCAACAAGUGCGGGAUUGAGCCGACUCGGAGCCAUUCCUGCUGCCGACGCUGCCGACACUGCCGGGCCGCCAGUCGCGGGCGCAACGCAUGGAGCGUGAGCGGCGGCGGUCGCCGGGCUGAGCCGCGCGGAGCGGCCGGGACGUGGAUGCGGCCGCGAUAUCCCGCCCCCGCCCCGCAGAGCAGGAGCUGCUCCCGGACAAGAUAUGAGAAAUGAGUGUUGGACGCCGAAGAAUAAAGUUGUUGGGUAUCCUGAUGAUGGUAAAUGUCUUCAUUUAUUUGAUUGUGGAAGUUUCUAAAAGCAGUAACCAAGAAAAAAAUGGAAAGGGGGAAGUAAUAAUACCCAAGGAAAAGUUCUGGAAGACAUCUGAGCCUCCAGCGGCUUAUUGGAACCGAGAACAAGAAAAGCUGAACAGGCGGUACAAUCCCAUUUUGAACAUGUUGGCUAACCAGACAGGGGAAGUGUACGGCUUUUCCAAUAUAAGCCAUCUGAAUUAUUGUGAACCUGACCUGAGGGUCACAUCAGUAGUUUCAGGUUUCAACAAUUUGCCAGACAGGUUUAAAGACUUUCUGCUAUAUUUGAGAUGUCGAAAUUAUUCGUUGCUUGUAGAUCAACCGGGUAAGUGUACGAAGAAACCCUUCUUAUUGCUGGCAAUUAAGUCCCUUACUCCACAUUUUGCUAGAAGGCAAGCAAUUCGGGAAUCUUGGGGCAGAGAAACCAAUGUGGGGAACCAAACAGUUGUGCGUGUCUUCUUACUGGGCCAGACCCCCCCAGAGGACAACCAUCCCGACCUUUCAGAUAUGCUGAAGUUUGAGAGUGAGAAGCACCACGACAUUCUUAUGUGGAACUACAGAGACACUUUCUUCAACUUGUCUCUGAAAGAAGUGCUCUUUCUCAGGUGGGUGAGUAUUUCCUGCCCAAAUGCUGAGUUCGUUUUCAAGGGCGAUGACGAUGUUUUUGUGAACACUCAUCAUAUCCUGAAUUACUUGAAUAGUUUAUCCAAGAACAAAGCCAAAGACUUGUUUAUAGGCGAUGUGAUCCACAAUGCUGGACCUCAUCGGGAUAAGAAACUGAAGUACUACAUCCCAGAAGUUGUUUACACUGGCGUCUACCCACCUUAUGCGGGGGGAGGUGGAUUCCUCUACUCCGGCCACCUGGCUCUGAGGCUGUACAAUAUAACUGACCAUGUCCUUCUCUACCCCAUUGAUGACGUUUAUACUGGAAUGUGCCUUCAGAAACUCGGCCUCGUUCCAGAGAAACACAAAGGCUUCAAGACAUUUGAUAUAGAAGAGAAAAAAAGAAAUAACAUUUGUUCCUAUCUAGAUUUGAUGUUAGUACAUAGUAGAAAACCUCAAGAGAUGAUUGAUAUUUGGUCUAGGUUAAAAAAUGCUCAUUUAAAUUGCUAAAAUGUAUACAAACUAAAUUUUGCAUAGAAAGAUGUAUCUUGAAUAGUUUUCAUGUGCUCUCUCAUUAGGGGUAAUUUCUACGUUAAACCAUCAAAAUUGCCUUCAUAAAUACAGUAUCCAUUUGAGAGCCUCUAUGCCCUUCAAUGUGGUACUUUCUGGAGAGGGAAAGCAGAAGAAGAUCAUGAUUUUUUAAGCAGGAUAUGGCAGGACGAGUAGUUCUGACUGUUACUACUGGCUAGUGGUCAUUAUUUUCUAAUUUGCCCCCCAUCUCCUCUGAAAUAAUAAGUUUCUGGAAUUUGACCAUUUUAAGUUAUUUUUGUGCUGCCCACAUAUAAUAAUAUCCCUACUUUUCCAUUAUAAUGAGUGAAUUGUCUGCAAUUUAGGUGUUUAUAAACCUUUUUGCUAUGAAGCAUUUGUUACACAUUAUUCGGUACUUUUGUGAAAUGGACUUAAAUUUAUUUUCAUAAAAUUUCCUACCACCCCAACAGUAUUUUUCUUGCAUUCAUCUAAUUAGUUAAUUUUGCAAAAUGAUGAUCACUGUGUGACAUGUAUCCAGUUUAUCUUGUUUUUGGUCUCCUGGUCAUAAUAAGGAGAUUAUGAUACAAGAACAUAAUAACUGUUGUUAUAUUUGAUUUGCUGGUUGGUAUCAUAAUAGUUCUCUAUUUUUAGUAUUUGAAAAUAAUGAGUAUGAUUCCAUAAUGGCCAGCUGAAGAUUGAAUUGACCUUGGCAAUCAUAUUGUGUUUAUGAUUUUUUAAUGAGGACCAGGAAAGCAUCUGUAACUUUUGAACUUGAAGCUAAAAGAUUGAAGUUGCGGACCUUUUCAGGAGAGGUUUGUCAGUUUAAAACUCCAGGAUUCUAUUCUUGCCAUAUUUUUCCAUGUUGCUUAUACAAAAUUAUAUCGAGUAGUGACUGCUUCCCUGUCAGUGUAGAAGUGCCUGUGUUUUUAUUUAUUCAGAUCAAUGACCAAAACAUUUUCUUAAAUAUAUUUUGUGUAAUAUUUUAUUUGUAUACAGUGUUGUUGAUAAAAUAUUUAACUAGAGCAUGUAUUUUAAGUGUUAAGGUAUAACAUGUUAAAUAAAGCAGUUAUUUUUGAAUUUUGAAAUCAUUUUUUUGGGGGGGGGGUCUGUGAACUGCUAGAGUUGACAAAAUUCUGCCAAACUGUUGCUUAUGUAUACCAUCUUAUAAUAACAUGCUUUCUCAAAAUUUAUUUUGUGUUGAUAGAGGUAAGGAUUCUUACCAGCUGUGAUAUUGGAGACUGUAAGCAGAUGGAAAUAAAGUGACUAUUUUUAAUUGU